AUGAGCAGCCCCCGGGACUAUGAGGCGGUCCGCAAGGAUAUCGCAGCUCAACUGAAGAAACCGGGAUAUGACGAUGGCAGCGCAGGGCCCGUUUUUGUGCGGUUGGCAUGGCACUCCUCCGGUACAUAUGACGCUGAUUCCGACACGGGUGGCUCGAACGGGGCCGGCAUGCGGUACGAAGCGGAGGGCGGCGACCCGGCCAACGCAGGCCUGCAGCACGGGCGGGCGUUCCUGGAACCGAUCAAGGAGAAGCACCCGUGGAUAACAUACUCGGACCUGUGGACGCUGGCAGGCGUAGUAGCGAUCAAGGAGAUGGGCGGGCCGGAGAUUGCAUGGCAGGGUGGGCGAACAGACUUGGUGGACGACUCCAAGGUGCCGCCGCGAGGGCGACUGCCAGACGGAGCACAGGGCGCAGACCACCUGCGAUUCAUUUUCUACCGCAUGGGAUUCAACGACCAGGAGAUCGUGGCACUGGCGGGCGGCCACAACCUGGGCCGGUGCCACGGCGACCGCAGCGGUUUCGAGGGCCCGUGGGUGACGAACCCGACGCGGUUCUCCAACUCGUUUUUCAAGUUGCUGCUGCAGCUGGACUGGAAGCCUCGUAAGCUGGCGACCGGCAUGACACAGUUUGUGUACGAGGACCCGGAUGCCGAGGGGGACGAGGAGCCGCUGAUGAUGCUGCCCACUGACAUGGCGCUUUCGACCGACCCGGCGUUCGCGCCCUGGGUCAAGCGUUAUGCCGAGGACAAGGACCUGUUCUUCGAUCACUUCGCCAAGGCAUUUGCAAAGCUGGUCGAGCUGGGUGUCCAACGCGACGCCCAGGGGGUCGUCACCAACACCGACAACCGCCUCGGCGGUUAUGUCUCGGCUCCCAAGAAGAGCAAUGUCGCUUCAGGUCCAUCCAAGUCCAAGAACGACGUCCGCGCUCGGCUGUAG